UGGGUUGAUUUAUAAAUUACUCGUUUACAGACAUUUUGACGACUAUAUAUGUAAAACAUUUCGACGACUUUAUAUCAUAAGCAAACAGCCCCAUAGGAAAACCUAAAAUAAUCACAUACAAAAGCUAACAAGAUCCUAGAGAUGUACAGGGUUGCUAGAGCUUCACAGUACCUAGCGAUCACCGGUGCUGGUAUCGAAGACAUCAAGCUCUCCAAGAAAUCGUGGGUGUUUCCAUGGCAAUCUUGCACCGUCUUCGACGUUUCUCCGGUCAACUACACUUUCAAAGUCCAGGCCAUGAGCGCCGAGAAGCUCCCUUUCGUUCUCCCCGCCGUCUUCACCAUCGGACCUCGCGUGGACGACCCUGAAGCGCUCAUUCUGUACGCUAGGCUUAUUUCGCCUCACGCCAAUGGAUCCAACCACGUCCAUGAGCUUGUUGAAGGUGUUAUCGAAGGAGAGACUCGUGUCCUCUCUGCUUCCAUGACCAUGGAACAAAUCUUCAAAGGGACAAAGGAUUUUAAGAAGGAGGUGUUUGAUAAGGUUCAACUAGAACUAGACCAGUUCGGUCUCAUAAUCUACAAUGCUAACGUGAAGCAGCUCGUUGACGUACCUGGACAUGAGUACUUCUCUUACUUGGGUCAGAAGACUCAAAUGGAAGCAGCGAAUCAAGCGAGGAUCGAUGUUUCCGAAGCCAAGAUGAAAGGAGAGAUCGGUGCAAAAGAACGUAACGGGCUUACUAUUCAAAACGCAGCUAAAAUCGAUGCGGAGUCCAAGAUCAUAAUGAUGCAGAGGCAAGGAGAAGGGACAAAGGAAGAGAUAAAAGUGAAGACUGAGAUUAAAGUGUUUGAGAAUCAGAAGGAGGCUGAUGUUGCUAAAGCCAAUGCUGAGCUUGCUAUGAAGAAAGCUGCUUGGACUAAGGAUGCUCAGGUUGCUGAGGUUGAAGCAACUAAAGCAGUGGCUUUGAGAGAAGCUGAGCUUCAGACUAAGGUUGAGAAAAUGAAUGCGUUGACUAGGACUGAGAAGCUCAAGGCUGAGUUCCUUAGCAAAGCCAGUGUUGAGUAUGAAACAAAGGUUCAAGAAGCAAACUGGGAACUAUACAACAAGCAGAAGCAAGCAGAGGCAGUUCUGUACGAGAAGCAAAAGGAAGCCGAGGCACAGAGAGCUGCAGCAGACGCAGCAUUCUACACAAAGCAGAAAGAAGCAGAGGGACUUGUUGCUUUAGCAAGUGCUCAGGGGACUUAUCUCAGGACCCUCCUAGACGCUCUUCACAAUGACUAUUCUGCACUUAGAGACUUCUUGAUGAUUAAUAAUGGCUCUUAUUUGGAGAUAGCUAAGAUUAACGCCAUUGCGGUUAAAGACUUGAACCCCAAGAUUAGCGUUUGGAACCAUGGUGGAGAACAGGGGAUUGGUGGUAGUGGUGGUGGGAGUGCUAUGAAGGAUAUAGCUGGACUCUACAAGAUGUUGCCUCCGGUUCUUGAUACGGUUUAUGAGCAGACUGGGAUGCAACCACCUGCUUGGAUCGGUACUCUACGUGGUGCAGAGUCUUAAGUAAGAAAUGUCGCCUCAACACUUCUGAGUUUUGAGGUUUGGAUAAUGGCAUGGUGUGGUCGUUACUUGUGGUUGAAGAUACAAAACUUGCCAUUUGUCAAGACAUUGGAAGUGUGUUUUUUCAGUUAUUUUCAUACUAUAUGUUAAAAAAAAGAGAGUUAAAUAACAAAAAUAAGAGGUAAAAACUAUCUUUGAUAUGUAAAAUGAAGUAGUGGAAAUCACUUUUACAGUAAAAAAAGAACUACAAACACAAAUGCAUGCUUUAGUCUCAAGACUCCAAUGCCUGAAAAUGAUCACCAAAAUACAUUUUGGGCUUACUUUAGUUUAAUUUAUUGCUCAUCGUCCGUCUAUUGUAGUCUGUGUCACUUCAUUUGUCGAGAACGCAUACUGAGACAUUAACCGCUGGUCGUUGUUC